AUGAUCCUCAUAAAUUGUGCAGUUAAAGAAAAUCAGACAGUACUUGAUACAAGCACUAAUGUAAAUUGUAUUAGUGAAAAAAGUAUUGAUGGUAUGAAAAUGGUAUACAAAAAAGAUGAUAGUAAUUCUAAAGUAAAUGGAUCUUAUUUCACAUUAGGAAAAGUUAAUCUGUAUAUUACUUUUAAUGAUGGCAAGAAGCAUAAAAGUAUACCUAGUGAAUUCAUAGUUGUUGGACCAGAUUGGCCUGAUAAUUUUUCUGAUUUAACCUUGGGAAUAUCAUGGUUACAAGAAAAUGGUGAAUUUUAA